CUAUAUUAGGGGCGAGAACUCAUCGUGUUCCUACGCAACGGAACGUGAAGAGGUGGCAUGACAGUGCCUGCAAGGGAGGCACUAUGUACUACCACGACCCGGAAACUAAAUGGGCAGCUUCACGAUUAAUAAAAGAUGAUCCUGCGUUUUAGUUGUCGCUGAAGCUGCAAAGCCUCUCUGCUUCUGGUGGAUCAGAAGUCACGCUUUCCUUUUCCUGCGCCGCAGACCACCGAGCGCGGCAGCAAGGGUUUUUCCUGGCACAACGAGCUAGCGGCCAACAUGACGCGGAAAAACAAGCAGGCUCUGCUCCUGCUGGGCGCGCAGCCUGCCAUGGCGAUCCACAAGGAGAUGUUUACCACCAACGCGGUCUGCAGUGCGCAGUAUUAUUUUGAAAGCGAUUAUUUGUUUCAGUGAAAAUGAAAUUUUGUUUGUCUGUGCUGAUGGUGAACAAUCUCUUAGCCCAUAAUCGUUUUCCGUCUUCACACACAACUAUUCUAGUAAACGGAAUCGAACUUCUAUCAGGCACUGCAUCAAUCCGGUUUUCCCGGGUCUGGAGGACACCUACUUGAACGCCAAGAAGAAGUGGAGCUGCCAGAUGCUGGAAGAUGCCGCCGAGGGGGGCCUGGAUUUUUGCAGCGGCGUCGUGAAUUACAACCCCUCGCUACCCGUCCCCGCCACCUCAAAAUCCGUGGCGGAGCUCGUGAAGCAGCAGGAACAGGAGGCCAUGACCACGUUCUUCCUCCAUUUGAACGCCAUGGGGCUCGAGGCGUGGGACCACAGUCGACCCAUGGACAGUAUCGAUCCCUGCAUCCAGUCGGUCUGGCGGAUGGCGUGUUACACCCACUUCCCGAAAGCACAGGUAUACUACGAGGCUGGUUCUUUGAUGCUGCUGGUUUCGUCGAGAAAAUCAAGAUUUUUUUUGUGAUUUUUGCGUUUCUUCUUCGAGCAUGAGAAGUAGAAGUUCACGUAUUUGAAUGAUGCCUCGUCUGCAUGACAAACAUCAAGAACUCAAGAAAAUCACGUUCUUCAUCCUACUUCCCUACAGCAAGACUGCCAAAAGGAUCAAGAAGUGGACUACGUCCGGCCCUGCCGCUCCUCUUGCUCGAACUACGUGAAUUUCUGCGGUGUCACCUGCUGCGACGAGUCCGUUGCUUGCGUUUUCGAGCACAGCAAGGACAUCGGCAACAACGAGGUCAUCCAGACCGUCGGCUACAGUCCGCACGACGGACCGUCCAUGUUCUGCACGGGGAGUGCCAGCGGCAAGUGGAGUACAAGUAGCACGGCGUUUUUGGUCGGUCUUUUUGCUCUCUACCUCUUCUCCAGCUUCGGAUUGGAUGGUGGGAGCGGGAAAGCGAAAGCUUCAUCUUCUUCCAGCAGACGAAGUUCAACAACGACCUCGCGUGCUGCUGGUUUUCAUCGCUGGAUGAACUUUUUCGCAACCUCGAUUUUUUCGGGAGCGCUGUUCGGGCAGAAUAGUUCGCAGAUGAAUCUAGUUUCCGCAGUGUCCACGACCAGCCUGAGCAAUCGAGGUGUUCUUGCCCCGGCCGCGCAAGAGGAGACAGUGGCAGGAGUUGUAGCCAGUAGUACUGCGUCAACAUCUUCAUCGUCGUCGGGAGCAGGAGUAGAGGAGCAGCAAACAAACCAAAGGAAAGUGAUACAACAAGAACUCGGCGCAGCAGCAGCUUCAUCUGGCAAGGGUUUGUUGAACAAACUAGAAGCUGAUCAGGAUACUACAACUGCCUCCUCCACCGCGGCUGUAGUAAGUGGAGCGCAGCGCGAAGUGCCAGGUAUUAAACUGUCUCUCUUGCAAACCGGGAUAUCUGCGGUCUCCAGAACGGCAGGGAUUGCAGCGAGCAGCAGUAGUUUGGGCGAAGAAGGGGCACCAGCAGCUCCAGGUGUGCCUGCGACCCAGCAAAAUCUCCAAGUCGAGAAUAGUAAUCUUCUUCUUGCCACGUCGACCGCUGCAGAGAAGCGAGCCAGCACUCAAAUAACCUCGCCAGUAGUGUCAUCGACCGACGUCGCGGGGGGAAACGGAAAGAAGGAGGAAUCAGCAACAGCAUCUUCGAGCACCAGGGGUGAACAAAGUGGUGAAGCGCAAGAACAUCUUCAAGAAUCGCAGCAGCUUUCGCUGAUGCAAACCGGAACCUCCAUGCGGAAGAGCGGGAAUAUCAUGGGGGAACACACGGUGGGCAGCUGGCGCGCGAAGGAGGAUUACCUGAUCAAGUACUCCUACAUUCUAUGACAGUGCACAACUCCCCCUCCCCCUCAUUUGUAUAGCAUGAACGGCAAUACAAGCAUCAGCAAGCGUGCCGGUUUUGCAUGACAAAUUUGCACUGGAUUGUAAGUAGUACUGUUUGGGCUACCAGAACUUGUCAUGCAAACAGUGCCAAGAGGCACAAAGUGGAUGGGGUAUUUUGCAUAACAAAUGAGGGGGAGGGGGAGCUGUGCGCUGGCAUACAUUCCCCCGGGCGCCAGCGCGGCCCAGGCCCAGCUGAACAGUUGCGGGGACGCAAAUCUAGCGCAAACCCUGCAAUGCUCGGGACGCGGGGUUUGCAAGCCCUUCAACCCGGACAAUAUCCAGAAUCCGACCAGCUUUUGCGAGUGCGAUCGCGACUACGCAGGUAGUUAGAAGCUUGUCUUUUGUAGUACGUUUUUGCGGCGCUGUUUUGACGAGUUGUGAAGCGUUAUUUAUUAUUCUGAAAAUAGAAUCGUAUUUUGAUUUUCAAGUAAAACCAAAUGAACCCAGAUCCGGAGUGUCGCACGAGAAGAAAGUCGCAAGUGGUCGCGUACGUGCUCAGCCUGUUUCUCGGUUUCCUGGGAGUGGACAAGUUUUACCUCGGGUACCCCAUUGCCGGGGCCACCAAGCUCAUCAGUCUGGGCGGCUUCGGUUUCUGGUGGGUAGCUGACAUCGUGCACGUCGGAGCAGUAUCAACUGUAAAAGUGUCUGGGUCUGGAAGAAUGCAACUUGUGAUGCUGCAUUUGGAUUCCAAAAAAAAUCUGUAUUGCAUGAGUACCAAAGGAAGUGCCAUUUUUGCUACGCUGAGAAGGCAUUUGUCAUGCGGAAUACGCAUCAAGAAGCCCUCAAAAAAUCUGUAUUGCUAGGGUAUGCAUCACAGACAUCAUGGCUCAUGCAAAACGUGCAUGACAAGUGUCAGAAUCUUCCAGACCCAGACACUUUUACAUUUGAUAAGCAGCCCCAGUCUAUGCGAGGGAGUACAGAAUAAGACUAAAAGAUUUGGUUUUGGGUGUGUACUUUCUGUCUAUCAUAGAUUGGUGCCAAAAGCUGCGUGUUGUGCACCAUUUUGUUUAUCCUAUUGGAGGUGAUCUACAGAUGCCGAUGCUGAUGCAUUGAGUCGACUUGUAUGUAAAUGAACUUCUUCAGUUACCGUGUGGCGGCCAACCUUCCGCACUGGGCGUUUGUGGUGUCCAGCGUGCUGUUUUUCUCCAUUCUCGGCUUCGUGAUUGCGGGCUGCGUGACCGCCAGCCACCUGCGGGGCAAGCGACGCGCUGCGAUGCUGUACCAGGCGCAGGAGGACGCGCAGAGCGGGGACUUCGUGGCCAGCCUGCCCGCGAUGAAGAGCCGCCACUUCACCAACCCGACGGCGCCCCAGCCGCAGGUGGCGUUUCCCGGGGCGUGAUUGUCAGUACCAAACGAGGGAGGAAGGAGGUCUGCAAAGGGGUUAGUACUAUUCCGCGGGAAGAAGUUCUUGUAGGUGACAUCAAAGAGAUGACUUUGUCGACAAGCCGAACCUGUACAAAUUUUACGUCGACGUCGUAACCGUGAUUCACCUUUUCUUCUCGCUCUUUACUGCAGGAGCCUCGAAAACUUAUAAUUGGGGCGGAGAAGUUUCUCGACCUUAUGUUGCUGAAACCAAAAAAGGAAAAGAAACCACAAACACAUUUCACUGUUUAUUUUUUCUCAACUCUUAUUUUCGUAUAACUCGUAACCGUAUAUUGUCCUCAAGUGUCUACGUUUCAAAAAUACAAGCUGGUUGUCGUGUCACAAUUCGUAACAGAGCAAAGCCUAUUCCAGGUUUCGGAGAAUUUUUUUUCUUCAAAAAAUGACACGGAAUGAAUGUUUUUCUUUUUCAAAAAAAAAAAAGCAAACAAAU